AAUUAGGAUUUGAAAGAGCCUGCAUUAUGGCUCAUGCAGCUUUGAACUUGGUUAGGAAGACGAACUAUAUGCUAGAACUUAUUAUCAACAACUUCAUUUGGUACAACUUGAAGAAUUCUUUGUUCUAAGAGGGAAAAAAAUAAGGAAGGUCUAGCCGUCUUGUUUUCCUCUUCAGAAAUGGAAUUCAGGAGCCAUGGUACUAAUGUCUUGAUACUGUGAAAGUCCCCCAUUUAGACAAAGGAGACUUAGUCACAAACCCAGUUCCUAGCCUGGUUAAAAUCAGAGUUAAACUAUUUUCAUGUUACCAGUGUUGCUACUGUGAAAGAAAGAAAUCAUGAUGCGGUUAACUAAGCCUACUUUAUUCACCAAUAUUCCAGUAACAUGUGAAGAAAAAGACUUACCUGGAGAUCUUUUUAACCAACUCAUGAGAGAUGAUCCUUCAACUGUAAAUGGUGCAGAAAUUUUAAUGUUGGGUGAAAUGUUGACUUUGCCACAGAAUUUCGGGAAUAUAUUUUUGGGAGAGACCUUUUCCAGUUACAUCAGCGUUCAUAAUGAUAGCAAUCAAGUUGUAAAAGAUAUAUUAGUAAAAGCUGAUCUUCAGACAAGUUCUCAGCGUUUAAAUCUUUCAGCUUCCAAUGCUGCAGUGGCUGAACUUAAACCUGAUUGUUGUAUUGAUGAUGUCAUACACCAUGAAGUGAAAGAAAUUGGAACACACAUCUUGGUGUGUGCAGUGAGCUAUACAACUCAGUGCGGAGAAAAAAUGUAUUUUAGAAAAUUCUUCAAAUUUCAGGUUCUCAAACCAUUGGAUGUGAAAACCAAAUUUUACAAUGCAGAGAGUGACCUCAGUUCUGUGACUGAUGAAGUAUUUCUGGAAGCCCAGAUUCAGAAUAUUACAACCUCACCCAUGUUUAUGGAGAAAGUUUCAUUGGAACCAUCUAUAAUGUACAAUGUAGCAGAAUUAAACUCAGUCAGCCAAGCUGGAGAAUGUGUAACUACGUUUGGAUCCAGAGCAUAUUUGCAGCCAAUGGAUACACGCCAGUAUUUGUACUGCCUAAAACCUAAGAAGGAGUUUGCAGAAAAAGCAGGCAUCAUUAAAGGAGUAACAGUAAUUGGAAAAUUGGAUAUAGUGUGGAAAACAAAUCUAGGUGAAAGGGGAAGGUUACAGACCAGCCAACUUCAGCGAAUGGCUCCAGGUUAUGGAGAUGUUAGGUUGUCUUUGGAGGCAAUCCCAGAUACCGUAAACCUAGAAGAACCUUUUCAUAUUACCUGUAAAAUAACAAACUGCAGCAGUGAAAGGACUAUGGAUCUGGUUUUGGAAAUGUGCAAUACCAAUUCUAUCCACUGGUGUGGCAUUUCAGGAAGACAGCUUGGAAAGCUGCAUCCCAGUUCUUCUCUCUGCCUUGCCCUUACUCUGCUGUCUUCAGUACAGGGACUGCAGAGUAUCUCCGGCUUAAGAUUAACAGACACGUUCUUAAAGAGAACUUAUGAAUAUGAUGACAUCGCACAGGUCUGUGUGGUGUCUUCGGCCAUUAAAGUGGAGAGCUGAAGAUUUCCAGUGCUUUUCAUUGAAUUUCACAGAACUGUUUUUUUUGUCACCUUUGUGAAAUGAUCAAGUCUACAACAAAAAUAAGUACCUAUUAUUUAAAUUUCUUUCCUGACAAAGUUAAAAUAUUAAAUAUUUGUUUUGAAAAGAACCA